AUGAAGCUUGAAGAAAAACUAGAGAGCAAUGGGAGCGUGGUAGGAAGGAGUCAGCCAUACCUGGGUGAAAAUCACCAGGCAAAUGGGAAACCAAAGGCAAAUGGGAAAGCUGAGGUCUAUGUUAAGCAAGAGGCAAAUGGGAAGUGCAAGGAGCCCAGGAGAGGUCUCAACCUGUACACCUGGCAAGAGAUCCAGAGACACAAUCAGGACUCAGACCAGUGGCUAGUGAUCAGUCGUAAGGUUUACAACGUCACAGCCUGGGCUGACAGGCAUCCAGGUGGGCGCCGGAUCCUCAACCACUAUGCCGGGGAAGAUGCCACGGAUGUUUUCAGAGCCAUGCACCUGGAGCAUGACGUUGUACAGUUGUACCUUAAGCCACUGCUCAUUGGCGAGCUUGCCCCAGAGGAACCCAGCCAGGAGAGAAACAAAAAUUCACAGUUGGUGGAAGAUUUCCAAGAACUGCGGAGGACAUUAGAGGCUAUGAACAUGUUCGAUGCUAACUUAGGGUUCUUCUUCCUUCACCUCGCCCAGAUCUUGAUUUUAGAAGUCCUGGCCUGGCUGAUCCCAUAUCACUUUGGCAAUGGCUGGACUGUUACAAUAUUCGUUGCCUUUCUUCUCACAGUUUCUCAGGCUCAGAGUUCAUUUUUACAGCAUGACAUAGGACACCUUUCCAUAUUUAAGAAGUCCAAAUGGAACCACCUGAUGCACAAAUUUGUGAUGUGUCAUCUCAAGGGCUUGUCUGUAAACUGGUGGAAUAACCGACACUUUCAACACCAUGUAAAACCAAACAUCUACCCCAAAGACCCAGAUAUUGACAUGGGCCCACUUUUUCUGCUUGGAGAGACGCAACCUGUCAAGUAUGGCAAGAAGAAAAUCAAAUACAUUGACUACGAAAAGCAGCACCUGUACUUCUACAUGGUUGGGCUCCCUCUCCUCAUGCCUGUGUAUUUCAAUCUGCAAUCCAUGCAAAUGAUGUAUCUUAAGAAGUACUGGGUGGACAUUGCCUGGGUCAGCAGCUUUUAUAUCCGAUAUUUCAUCACAUUCAGCACUUUCUAUGGAAUUUUUGGAAGCUUUCUGCUCAUAUAUUUGGUCAAGUUUCUUGAAAGUCCCUGGAUUGCCUAUGUUACCCAGAUGAGCCACAUUCCAAUGAAAAUGAGCAAAGAGGAGAACCGGGAUUGGCUCAGCACUCAGGUUUUGGCCACUUGUAAUAUUGAACAGUCCUUUUUCAACGAUUGGUUUACAGGGCACCUGAACUUCCAAAUCGAGCACCAUCUCUUCCCCACGAUGCCUCGGCAUAAUUAUCACAAAGUGGCACCUCUAGUGCGAUCACUGUGUGCCAAGCAUGGAUUGAAGUACGUGAAUAAGCCCAUGUUGCGAGCGUUUGGAGAUAUCGUCAGGGCCUUGAAGAAAUCUGCAGCCCUUUGGAUGGAUGCCUACUAUGAAACAUGA